AUGGACUCUCAGAGCUCCAACCACAGCAUGGAGCCGGCUCUUGUACGAGCGCACAACCUCGAAAAGUUGGCCGAGUCACUGGAUGCCACUGUCACGGGGCACAAGCUCGACAAUGACAAAGACGCUUUUCUCGUCGACUGGGAUGGGCCGGACGAUGCAGCCAACCCGCUCAAUUGGAGCACUGCACGAAAGCACUGUGUCACCUUGACGCUUUCGGUCUCGGUGAUCGUGGUCACCUUUGCCUCGUCGGUCUUCUCCUCGGCAUCCAACGCGGUCGCCAAGCAGUUUGACGUGUCGAGCGAGGUGGGCAAGCUCAGGGUGACUUUGAUUUUGUGCGGCUAUGCCAUUGGUCCACUCGUAUGGGGUCCGCUGUCGGAGCACCAGGGCCGCAAACCGCCCAUGCUCAUCUCGUACCUAAGCUUUGUCCUUUUCUCGCUCGCCACCGCUACCGCCAAAGAUUUGCAGACCAUCUUGAUCUGCCGCUUCUUCGGCGGCCUGUUUGGCUGUGGCCCUCUGUCGAUCGCUGGCGGUGCCCAAGAAGCCGAAGGUGAAUGA